AUGAACAGUAAUGUUGAACAACUACUACGACAUGUUCCCCUUUACAACAAAUAUGGUAAGGAUUUUCCUCAGGAAACAGUGUCUAGGUUCCAAAUGCCUGAAUUCAAAUUGCCACCAUUACAACCAACAAAGGAUUUAUUAUACCCUUGGUACGAAGAAUGUGACAACGUCACCAGGGUUUGCCAGUUGCAUGAUUCCUCCAAUAAAAAAUUCGAACAGUGGUACAAGGAACAGUAUAUGAGUAAAAAACCACCAGGAAUAGUUGGAAACACAUUAUUAUCUCCAUCAAGAAAGGAUAAUUCAUAG